AUGAAAAUCCUAAUGAUCCACGGAUCCCGCCAAUCAGGCGAACUCUUCCGAGCAAAACUCCAAGCCCUAGAAAAACAAAUCAACCGAGCCAUCCCUCUCCAACCCGCCGGUGUUGAACUUAUCUACCCAACAGCUCCCUUCGCACUAGAUCCCUCCAAUGGCACAUCCGAACUACGCAAUCGCCACGGAUCAUGGAGCUGGUUCGACUCCGAAUCCAUCGACGGUCUAUACCCCGGAAUAGAAACCAGCUUGGAGUCAAUUGCAUCUACUCUCAAGGACUCCGGGCCAUUCGAUGGGGUCGUCGGGUUUAGUCAGGGUGCCGCUAUGGCCGCUAUGGUCGCUUCGCUUCUGGAAGGAAAUCGAAAGGAUGCGUUUGCUCGAUUGGAAGAGGAGGGUGGGAUGUCAUAUCCUGCUUGCUUCGAUACACUUGAACAUCCGCCUCUUAAGUUCGUGGUUGGUUUUUCGGGAUAUGGGGCGUCGAAUCCGGCUUAUCGUGCUUUCUAUGAUCCUGGUAUUCGGACGCCGAUGAUGCAUUUUUGGGGGAGUAUGGAUACUGUUGUUGAUGAGAGUGCGUCGAUGAGGUUGGUGGAAAGUUGUCUGGAGGAUGAGAGGAAACGGAUUGUUGUAUGGCAUUCGGGUGGACAUGUGGUUCCGAGUGGGAAGAGGGAACUUGCUGCGGUUGCGCAUUUCAUCAAGUCUAAUGUGAGCUGA